CACAAUCGGAGGGAGAAGUUUCGAACCAGCUUUUUUUUUUGUCCUUUUGACAGAUGGCUAGAUUCCUUCUUCUCUGUUUCCUCUUCGCGGCGGCGCUGACGUCAUCAUUGACAGAAGCGGGCGACGACAACAGAGUCUACUCGCCUUGCUCAGACUCUACCGUCGCGAUCGGUGAUGGCUUCACUUUCGGCAUUGCCUUCGCGGCGAGAGAUUCUUUCUUCGGCACCAAUCGUUCCGUUCAGUACUCUCCCUGCGAUCAUCGCCGCCUCUCCCUCAACGGUAACUCCGAGCUCGCCGUAUUCAGACCUAAAGUCGAUGAGAUCACACUCCUUACCAUCAACACCUCCUCGAACUCCUCUAGUUUCCGCCCGGAUUCCUCAAAGGGAUACAUGGUAGCAUUCGCUGGUGCGAAGUACGCAGCAAGAUCAGUUCCUAUUAUGGUUGCUGACAAUGAUCACGUCGUCACAAGCUUCACCCUUGUUCUUGAGUUCCAGAAAGGCAGGCUCGAGAACUUGUUCUGGAAGAAAGACGGAUGCUCCAAAUGUUCCGGAAAUGCCAAAUUCGUGUGCCUCAACAAAGACCAAUGCGCGAUUAAAAGACAAAGCUGCAAGAAUCAAGGAGGGCAAGUAGAUUGCAGCUUAGGGAUCCAGUUGGCGUUCUCAGGCACGGAUAAACACUACACCGCGAUGAACUCGUGGUACGAGGUUGCGAAUCUGAAGCAGUACUCGCUUUAUGGCUUAUACUCUAAUCUAAAGAAUUCACUAAGCAGCCAAUUCAAUAACCUCUUCUGAUGAAUUUCUUUCUUCUUAUGUGGGUUGCUACUUUUGUAAGUUUGUAUUAUUACGUGGUCUCUUGCCCAUGAUAUAUAUUUACUGUAUUUUAUUACAUGGCUUGUAACUUUUUCAUGGAUGAUGAUGAUUUACGCUAUUUCAACU